AUGAAGUUGAGGAAAAUUUAAUUUUUCUCAGAAUUAGCAUCCUUAAAAUUUAUUAAUUACAGUUUUGCUUAUAUUGAUAUAUUUUACUUUAUAAUAACAUCAAUUUAUGUAAUUUUUAUAUCUGAAUUCCCGACAAACUCGUAAUUUUCAAUAUUGUCAGACAGCUUUACUUGGCAACUGAACAUCAAUACUGAAGAACAAAAAUUUACCUAAAAGUAUUGCAAUAAGGUUUGGUAAAACUUCUUUAUGAGAAAAUAAGAUAAUAAGAAAAGAAACUAAUCGUUAGAAUAAAAUAUUACACAACACAAUAUUUAGCAAUUUAAAAAUUAUAGAAAUACACAACAACAAAAAUAAACCAAAAAGAAAAAUAAGUUGAAGAAAUGGGAUCUAAAAAAGCAAAAGAAAGUGCAAAAGUAAAAUUUUGAAGAAGGUUAAGAGAAUAAUUGA